GUGGCUCAAGUCGCCAUCUUGGCCACGUUCUUACGAUAGAUUUUAAAAUCUUCCGGUACUUUCGUUUUAACUGGCGCAACUGAGUCAGUUUUCACAUUUUUCGAUUUGAAGAUGAGCACUGUAGAUUCCUACGGGCCUGCAUCUCAAACGUUGACUUUUUUAGACACUGAAGAAGCUGAUUUCGGUGCGGAUACACAAGGAAGCGAGUACGAAUUUCACGAUUUUACAGUACCUUCGCAAACACAAACCCAAUCUCAAGCUUCACAACCUGAACCGAGCCAACCUUUGGUCAAUGGCAACGUCGCAGAAAAAAAGGAAGAUCUAGCUAACGGCCCAGCAACGGGAAACGAUGAAGCUAAAGCAGAUGGUACUGUUUCUAAGGUUAGCAACUCUUUAGGGGAGCUUAACUUCGAAGAAGACGAGGACGAGACCUUUUACUCGAAAGAUCUUCCAGCCUACGCUUGCAGGUAUUGUGGAGUUCAUGACCCAGCAUCUGUUGUGCAGUGCAUUCAGUGUAAGAAGUGGUUCUGUAAUGGGAGAGGAAACACAGCUGGCAGUCACAUUGUAAACCACCUUGUAAGAGCCAAGCACAAAGAGGUGACACUUCACAAAGAUGGUCCUUUAGGAGAGACCAUUUUGGAGUGCUACAAUUGCGGUUGCCGUAAUGUGUUCUUGUUGGGAUUUAUUCCUGCCAAGGCUGAUUCAGUUGUGGUGUUACUGUGCAGACAACCCUGUGCAACACAGAGUAACUCCAAGGACAUGAACUGGGACCAAGCACAGUGGCAGCCUCUGAUUAAUGAUAGGUGCUUCUUGUCCUGGCUUGUCAAAGUUCCACCUGAUGAGGAUCAGCUGCGAGCCAGACAGAUCUCAGCACAGCAGAUUAACAAGCUUGAAGAAUUGUGGAAGGAUAAUCCCGAAGCCAAGUUGGAAGAUUUGGAUAAACCAGGAGUUGACGAUGAACCACAACAAGUUCUUCUCAGGUAUGAGGAUGCUUACCAGUAUCAAAACAUCUUUGGCCCACUGGUUAAACUGGAAGCAGAUUAUGACAAGAAGCUGAAAGAGUCUCAG